AUUCUAAAUGCGUGAAGUUCACAUCGAUAUGUCACGUGGAUCGUAAAUUGUGAACACUCGAAAAAUCGAAUACCGUCAAAUCAGAUGUUUAAAUAGCGAUUUUGUGGAAAUAACGGAUUUAUUUCGCUAGAUAUAUAUAGCUAGAGAGAUCUUUUAGAUUAUGUAUUGUGUAAAUUUUUGUAUAAACAUUUUAUUGUCGUUAACGAAAGCUUACGGAUUUAAUCUUAUUGGUUUCGAAGUGAUGAAAAAAUGUUCCGAAAUCUGAGGUUGAUAUUUGGGAAGAUUCAGCAUGCAAAACCUAUCCAAUUAUGUGGACAACGAUACAUACAAAGUUUAAGGGAACCCGCCCAACCUUUAAAACGAUGUCCAAAAUGGGUUUGCGUAGAAGAUGCGGUAAAAAUUAUAAAUUCAGAGCAUUUAGUUUACAUACAAGGUGGUGCGGCCACGCCAACGGAACUUGUGCGCGCCAUGACUGAGCAUGGGGUGUGCAAUAAUUUGCGUGGAGUUAGAUUAUUGCAUAUGAAUCUCGAGGGAGACACGCCGUUUGCCAAUCCGGAAUUUGAGAAGCACUUCAGAUCUAUUAGUUUGUACGUGGGUACUAAUCUCAGGGAAGCAGUGAAUGAAGGACGAGCGGACUACAUUCCUGUGUUUUUGCAUGAAACACCCAAGUUGUUCUUUGAAAAAACAAUCGUACCAGACAUAGCGUUAAUCCACGUGAGCAUGCCCGACGCGCGUGGAUUCUGCUCGCUCGGUGUGAGCGCGGAUUGCACCCGCGCUGCGAUUUGUACUGCUAAAGUUCUUAUUGCGCAAGUAAACGAGCAUAUGCCGAGGUCGUUUGGCGACACAUUAAUCCAUUCAAGUCAUUUUGACUGGGCGGUGAGAUAUGACUGUCCUUUGCCUUGUGUAGCUUGUCCUCCGCCUAACGAUCUAGAACAAGAAAUCGGUAAAAUCAUUGCACAACGGUUAAUCGAAGACGGAGCGACAUUACAGCUUGGCAUUGGCUGCAUCCCCGACGCGGUACUCUGCGCCCUAGUCAAUCACAAAGACUUGGGUAUACAUUCUGAAGUUAUUUGCGACGCGAUGGUCGACCUGGUCCAGCACGGAAACAUCACGAAUAAGUGCAAGAUCAAGCACAGAGGACGCAUAGUUGGCUCCUUUGCUAUCGGCACAAAAAAAUUGUACGACUUCCUGCACAACAAUCCGGUCAUCGAGAUGUUAGCGGUCAAUUACGUGAACGAUCCUCGAAUAAUCUCGAUGCAGCCGAAAAUGACGGCCAUCAAUUCUUGCAUCGAGAUGGAUCUCACCGGUCAGGUGUGCUCGGACAGUUUGGGCUGUAAAGUAUAUUCCGGUUUCGGUGGUCAGUUGGAUUUUCUUCGAGGCGCGGCGAUUAGUCAAGACGGUCGUGGAAAAGCUAUUAUCGCAUUUCCCUCGGUUACCAGUCAAGGGGAGAGUAAAAUACAACCGGUGCUAAAACUUGGAGCCGGAGUAGUAGUGACAAAAGCUCACGCGCAUUACAUCGUUACGGAACACGGAGUGGCGAAUCUUUUCGGUAAAACCUUACGCCAAAGAGCGAAUGCAUUGAUUCAAAUCGCGCAUCCCGAUCACAGAGAAUGUCUCGAAAAGGCCGCAUUUGAGCGUUUGAAAUCUAACCCAACGAAAUAUCUGUAAUACUUGUGAUAUAUAAAUAUAUAAAUCCUGUAAUA